GUCUAAUCGGCUCGAGACCGUUCCGUUAAAGCUACCAUGUAAUGUUUACUUCUUUGGAACAACGGCGUGUCCUCCUUGGUUAACACUGUUGGAGAUCGCAGAUGCGGUAUCUAAUGUCGUGUACAACACAUUUUCCCUGCGAGACAUUCGUUAAAACCACGGAAUCCUAUUUGCAUCGGCAGUAUUAGUGGUUCAUCCUGCGGUCCGUGUUCACGAUGGCGAUGUUCCGCAGUUUUGUGUCUGCUGCUCAGCUCAGGCAGCAUCAGCAGCAAAAUGGAGCCGCAGCAGCCGCACCUGGGGAAAGCCUGGAGAGCCAGUUCUCCUGUCCCAUCUGUCUGGAGGUGUACCACAAACCUGUCAGCAUCGCAAGCUGCGCCCAUACUUUCUGUGCGGACUGUCUACAGCCAUGUCUGCAGGUGACAUCGCCUCUCUGUCCACUCUGCCGCAUGCCUUUCGAUCCAAAGAAAGUGGACAAAUCCUCCAGCGUGGAGAAGCAGCUCUCUUCAUAUAAGGCACCAUGUAGAGGGUGCAGCAAAAAGGUCACCCUGGUCAAAAUGCGGUCACAUAUUUCAUCUUGCACAAAGGUUCAGGAACAGAUGGCCAAUUGCCCAAAGUUCAUGCCUGUGGUUCCCACCUCACAACCCAUUCCCAGCAAUAUUCCAAACCGUUCCACGUUUGUGUGCCCGUACUGUGGCGCACGCAACUUGGACCAACAGGAACUAGUGAAGCACUGCAUGGAGAGCCAUCGCAAUGACCCCAACAAAGUGGUAUGUCCAGUAUGUUCAUCUAUGCCUUGGGGUGACCCCAGCUAUAAGAGCUCCAACUUCCUGCAGCAUCUUCUCCACCGGCACAAAUUCUCCUAUGACACAUUUGUGGACUACAGUAUCGAUGAGGAGGCAGCACUGCAGGCAGCACUGGCCCUCUCACUGUCCGAGAACUGAGAGUCUGACAUUACUGUAUAUCCUGUUCCACAAACACAGCCAUGUGAAGGAACUUCUCACCUGUCUUGUUUUAGGCUGAAUAUUUUCAUUGUUUUCCUCUCACUCUACCUCUCUUCUGGUCUAUAUUUCUGAGCUACACUCCAGCUAGAUGCUGAAGUAGCUCUAUAGUUUGUUUGCUAGUUGCAUAACAUUUGAGCAAGGUUGUCACUUCCUGAAUUUUAAGGGGAGGAGCUUCUGGUUGCUUAUCAUUAUCAUCAUCAUCGUAACCAUCAAAACAUGAACCAACAAAACAUUGAUGUUUAUGCAAAAAGUCAGACAAAGGAAUAGAUAAAUAUCACCAUGCUUAGUGUUGUUGUUCUUCCUAUUGUUUUCUGUCAAAAUGUGACAUAGACCCCGGCAAUGAAGUGAAGAUCAGUACAGAGGGAUCAGCGUUCAAAAUGUUAAAGCGAAGCUAAAAAGUGAACUAUGUUGGGGUUGGCUGUCCUCAUGAUGUACUCUCAUCUUUAGGCAAUACCAAUAGAGAGAAUGAGAGACCGAUCUUCAGCAUCCUCAUUAUCACUCAUUUCAUCAUUUAUGGAAUUCGGAAUACCAUCCGCCCUUUUUUAAUCAAGAGUUGAUGUGAAUACUUGCACUCGUCACAGUUUUCUACAUGCCUGAAUUCUAGUAUUGUUGUUUUUUUAUAGUUCAGUAACAGAAUAUUGACAGGACUGCAUACUCUGCUCUUAACUUGCUACAGUAAUAUUUUCUAAGAAGCGUCAGAUAAGAUUAAAAUUUAUAUUUUUGGAAAAAAGUUUCAGUUUUAAAUGGUGCACUAAUAAUAAAACGGCAAGCUUCUA